UGCUCCAAACGCCCGUACACAAUCACCACCGCACGUUUAUCCACAAGUGUCUCCCCUCAAAAAAAUCGAGUGACAAACACCCCAAUCCACCCCCAAAAUCCCGGAGCCACCCCUCAGCAUCCCCAUCACCAAGUACAACCCCCCGAAACGAUAAAAAACAUCAGAACGAGUGAAAAAACCCGAGGAAAUUCUGAAAUCAGAACAAAGCGUCGGCCAUUCCCCAAGCGUUCCCUCUACCCUGAAAAUAUCAACUAUUUUCCUCAUUUUAUCGUGGAAAAUCACCAGUGGAACUCCAGGCGUUGCUCCAGUAGAAUAAAAUAAUCAGUGAACAGGUGUUCGGGGAGCGGUGAACCCCGCGAUAUUAUGAAGUGGAAAAAAUGAUCGAUCUCGGGGUUAAAACUUGUCUUUGAGGUUGGAACGGGCUGGUAUCAACAGGAGGGGGCGGGGAGUAGUUAUAACACAUUUAUAACACAAAACUCCAGGCAAAAUGGACGAGAAUGUUGGUGGUGAAGCUCAGGUUUGCCGUUUGUGUGGCCAAUUUGAGAGUAUUUACAUCGAUGUUUUUGGUGAUGAGGGAACGAGGCGACUCCUCGGCCUCAAAAUACAUUCGAGGAUCAACAUUUUGAUAGAUGAGACGGAUCCUCUUCCAAAGACGAUCUGCGUUCAAUGUCUGGGAAAACUCGAAUUUGUGUGUGACUUUCAAGAGGAGUGUCUACGUACUCAACGACUGUUGCGCGAUCGUUAUCAUCUACCACCUUUGCCAGACCUCGACUCCACUCUCUUUCCCGUGGAAAUAAAACCGGAGGAUCCGCCACCGACGCCGGACUCCCCGUCCACCUCCACGAACAACAACAGCACUGAAAAAAAUCUCAACGCGACAGCGGACAUCGAGAAUGUCGAUCCCUCACCGGAUAGUAACACAACAGCUCCAGUCGAGGAGCCGCGUCCAAAACGGAACCUCCGUCCACCUCAGAACCGGUCAAAAUCCCCGGAGAAGUCACCAAAUGACUCGACAAUCGCGCCCGCCUCCACCCGCCGAUGGCUGCGGAGCCGAAACACAACGGAAACAUCAAAAAAUGAAAAAUCAAAGCCGAAGCGCUCGUCGACAAAACCGCGGGUUCCGCGGACGUCAGUCUCCCGAGUCACGCGAUUACGAUCCCAAAAUUCCCAGAAGACGCGAUCGAGCGUGAGCCCGACCCCGGGUAAAUCACCACCGGUCGAGUCAUCCUCCGAGCAAAAGCAGACGAUUCAAAUUCCGACUUCAGCCCUGAACAAGGUCCUCACCGCAGUCUCAGGCUCGUCGGACGUCGAAGUGUGCGUGAAGGAGUCAAAAGGUCGAAACGGUGAUAUCGAGGACAUCAGCUUUACCCUCGAGAUGCGAAAGAAACUCGAGGAGACGGAGAACGUCGUGACAGUUCUCGCUAAAGUAUUUCCAGAUCAGGGCUCAUGCCUGGUGGACUCGGAGAUCGUUGAUCUCCUCGGUGAUAACGGCAAUGCCGAGAUCAACAAGAUCAUGACAUCGGUAUCCAAAUCAAAAACAUCGAGAGACAAGGAUAAGGACGGCAGGCUAAAGCUCCAGGAGCUCGAGAAGAGGCUCUCCUCGAUGUCGGAUGGUGCGGACGGUGGUGGCAGUGAGUCCCGCAAUCCAGAGGAUCUAUUCCGAAUGGAUGGCGAGGAGAUUCGGGUCGACGAUAACGUCGUCAGUGGUACAUUGGACGGACAGCACGGCUACACCUGCAAAUUAUGCAAGAAAUUCUACGAGCGACGAGACAAGUGCAUGGUACACGUAAAAACACAUCUAGGUAUCAAGCAAUACGCGUGCACCUUGUGCACCGCAAAAUUUGUCUGCAAGAGCGAUGUGAUGAAGCACAUCCGCUGCUCGCACACCAAUCCAAGACCGAUGCAGUGCCCGAAGUGUCCAAAAAGGUUUCGCUCCAAGUUCGACCUGACGGAGCACGAUAACGUCCACAAGGGCAUCAGACCGUACAAAUGCAAUGACUGCGGACAGAGCUAUCAUCAUAAAGUGUCACUGCAGAUGCACAUCAAGUCGCACCUACCGCCUCAAAAUCUAGCGUGUGAAUACUGCGGAAAGGUUUUUCCUUUUAGGACUAGAUUGCUCAGUCACAUUGGCAGUGUUCAUCUUAAAAAUCGACGCAACUUUCGAUGCAGAUUCUGUUACAAUCUUUACUCGAGUCUUGCUGUUCUCAAUGAGCACAUCAAGACACGUCACUCUACCACGUACACCUGCGAUAUCUGUGGGAAGACAUUCAAAGUUGCCAGCAAGUACAAAGCGCAUGUUCUUCAGCACUCCAAUCCAAAGCCCUUUGUAUGUAAUAUUUGUAAUAAUAAGUACGCGUCUAAGGCAUUUUUGAAUGAACACCUGUUGAAGCACGAGGGACUGCGAAAACACGUGUGCCAAAAAUGUGGAGCUAGUUUUGCUCAGGCGAGUCAUCUUGCUGCUCAUAGGCAUGUUCAUGGGGAGAAGACUCAUGCGUGUCCGGAGUGUGGGAGAAAAUUCAAUAGGAGGGAUAACAUGAAGGUGCAUAGGAAGAGGCAUUUCGCGGAGACUGGGAGAAUUGUCAGUGGACAGAAGAGUAAGGACGACGAGGGGCUCGAGGAGGGGGAUAAGGAUGUCAAUGAGAAGGUCUGGGGAAUCACCUGGGGGUGUGGGAAAUUCUUCGGCCUUGAGGCAGGUGAUCUUGUCGAGGAUUUGUUUACUUCAGGGUUGGUGAUAAUCGUAUUGCUCCAGAGGAUGAUUAAAGAGGAUGACCAGCUGCCGAAGAUCGUCUGCAUCAGGUGCGUGGGAACGUUGGAGUUCCUCUGUGAUUUCGUAGACCAGUGCCAGGAGACGCAGGAGAAACUCAAAGAGAAGGAUGACGCCAACACCCCAGCCCCACCCCCAGAUACCAACGACUUCAACAAGGAAAACAUCAGGUCUUCGAGACACAAGUCCCUUUCGCCCCCAUCCUCUCGGAGACCUAGAGCACCUGCGGAUUUCCCUUCCCAAGAUCUGGAGAAUGUUACCCCAUCAUCCGGAGCAUCUCCAGACAUUUCUGAGAAUAUUCUCUCGGAGAUUCUACAUACGAGAAACAAAAGGGCUCAUUCUCGGAAGCAAUAUCCAAAGAUACGGAAUAUCACUAGCUUGAGGGAAGCUCUGAAGACAACCGGUCCGACGUCCCUGAAGAGACCCUCCGCCAAAUCUGUGUCGAAUCCUGAGGAGAAGAUAAAAAAAAUUGAAAGUGUGAUUGACAGGACGAUUUCUGGUGUGACUCCUCGGUCCAGGACCCCGAAGAUUCGUUUUUCACUUCAGAAAUUUAUCCAUGACCCUGAGGAAUCAUCUUCAGUUCUUGAACCUCCGGAGACAAUAAAAAUUCCAAAGAAACUCGAGAAAAGCGAUACUAAACUGGAUUCACCACCCGAUCCAUCUCCUCGGGAAGCUGUCGAAGAAGUUUCUGAACAACCGAUCGAACAACCGCUCAAAGAAAGUGCGAUGUCGCCGCCAUUAGGAGCUCUCACCGCUCAAGAAUCAAAUGGACCAUCAGAAAUCUCGAAAUCAUCUCCGGGAGCUGAAGAAAAAUUUUCAGAAGUCGGCCCUGAAGACCAAAAAUUCCAUGAGAGCACACGGAAGUCGCAGAAAUCUACGGAAUUAUUAAUCGCUGAAGACGAGGGUUUGAGCAAGAAAUCUCCGCAAUUUAACGACUCGAAGACUAAAAAGUCAAAGACAGCAUCACCGAGGGUGUCCAGAUCGCCGUCUGAACCUCAUCUCCAGAGCGAUGCAUCCGACCCUCCAUCCCGCACCCGGACUCCCCCAGAAGAUAUCCUGAAGAAAAACACACGUUCCUUGUCAUCGCCACCUCCGUCUUCCGGUCAAAAGACUCGUAACUCACAAUCCUCGAAUGCUUCAGAGUCAUUGAAACCCCGGCGUCGUCGAAGGUCAUCCUCGGAGUCAUCCUCGUGCUCGUCAGUGCCGACCUCGACCUCCUCCACCUCGAAACGCCGUAAAUCAGGUGCCAUUUACGGUACCGUUUCUCAACUGAUCUCCUCCGAGGAGAAGGAAACGAUCGAAAAAUUCUACACCAUUGACAUGUCCGUCGUGGACGAGUCCGUCGUCGAAAAGAAUUUGACGUACCUCGACAAGAAGCGAACCAUGUGCCUCAUCUGCAGUGCGCUCUACCCCAGAAUUGAUAAAUGCAAAGUGCACAUUUGGGGUCACCUUGAGAUGAAGCCGUACAAGUGCACAGCAUGCGAUUUCUCGACACUCACAGUCACCAACAUUAGGUGUCACAUAAGGAAGAGUCACCUGAAGAUCAAGCCCUUCGAGUGCAACUUCUGCAAGAAACGAUAUGUUACAGCAAUUCUCCUCGAGGAGCACCUGAACACUCACAGUGGACUGAGGCCCUUCAAAUGCACCGUCUGCCCCUUCUCGAGUGCCUCGAGACAAGUUCUGAGCUAUCACAUGACCACUCACAAACCAGUCAAGGACGUCACCUGUGACAUAUGCGGCAAAGAAUUUUUUUCGAGAGGUCGUAUGCGCGCACACAUGAUCACUCACAACAAAAAUCGUGAGCUCAUGUGCAAGUUCUGCUCCCACCACUUCAGCUCAGCUGAGGCACUCCAGAAACAUCUAGAUAAUCUUCACUCGAGUGAUUACGUGUGCGAUAUAUGUGGUAAGUCCACCAAGAGUCGGAAAGCUCUUCAUAAUCAUCAGAAUGUUCAUUCCGAGGCGAAGUUCAAGUGCAACUUGUGCCCAAAUGUUUAUAAGAGUGGUCACAUACUCAAGGAGCAUUUGCUCAAACACGAGGGCAUACGCAAGUACAAGUGCGAGGUGUGUGAUAAGGCUUUUGCACAGCAGAGCCAUCUUGCCGCUCAUAUGGCUGUUCACAGUGAGAAGAGAUUCAAGUGUCCUGGGUGUCAGAGGGCCUUCAAUAGACAUGACAACAUGAAGAUUCAUACAAAACGGUGUAGCAUGUUCAAGGCCAAUCCUCAGCUUCAGGACAUGCUGCAUAUGAGGGUUAAAGGGCCCAAGGUCGCUCGGCUCGACGAGGCGGAGGGGAUGAGUCAUGUGAUUGGUAAGGGGGAGGAGAUAACUCAUACCAUUGGCAAUGGGGAGGGGAUGAUUCAGACGAAUGGCAGCGACGAGGGGAGGGAGGAGGUUCAUGAAGUCGAUCAGGUCGAUCAGGUCAUCAGGAAGGGCACCUUCAGCAUCGGACAGGUUGUCGUCAUUCCGUUCACCGGGGGAACCGUUGAGGAGUGCAGGGUUAAGGAGGCCGUGGCUGUUACGGAGAAUGUCAUUGGUCUCGAAUGCUUUUGAAAGGGAAAAAAUCAAAAAUGGUUGAGUUUCGACGGAAUUUUGAGGUUUUGAGAAUUUUUGACGUUAAGAAUGAUUUUUUUUUUUACUGUUUUGAGAGAUAAAAAAUCAUGGUCAGUAUUUUUUUUUAGAGAAAAUUUUUUCAUCCAGAUUCCGAUUCUUUUGAUCGGAGUGAUUUUUGUGACACUCAGGGAAUGAUGAAAAACCUGUUUUCAGGGUUGAUAUUUUUUUAAGAUUAUGUUAGGGCCAGGAUGAAGUGUAGGAGUAUUUUUGUAGGAUUAUGAAUUUUUGGAUAAUGCCAGAAUUGGUUUUUGGAGAAAUUUUUAAUGAGAACGUGAAUUAUCAAUGCAACAUUCGUCUGAUUUAUUAAUGAGCGCUAGAUUUUUUAAUAUAAUAUUAGAAUAUUUUUAAUAUUGAGAUGUGAUUGGGGAUUUCUGAUCUGAAAAUAGUUGAUAAGAUAAAAUUGAAACCAAGGGAUCAUCUUCCAGCAGUGCCUUAAUUCGAAUGAAUUAUUUUAAUAUCGUAAUUUUUUUAUAGAGUUAAGAAUCGAUAGGUAAUUAUUAAUUAAUCCAUGAUAUUGUGGAGUUGAGGGUCUCCUCAAGACUGAAACGCACAUAUUCCUAAUUAUUGACGCAAGUUCCUAUUUAAUUAAUUAUU